AUGGGCCAUGGAUCAGAAGAAAUGAGAAUUGCGUGGGCCAUCAUUUAUACCAAGUCACGGAUAUACGUGUUUUGGUUGUCUAGUCAUCGCAAAUAUAAGAAACUCCGUAAAUGGGAAGACGGUGACGGUGCUUGCCAGCCGAGAAAACAUGCUGUCUCCUCCUCCGCUACCGUCGAGGUCCAG